AAAUUGAGGAACAACAGGAAAAGAAGUCCAAAACCACGAAGGGUUUUUCAUUUUCAGCCUUCAAACCAGCCGCAAAAGGUAAAAAGCGGGGAUUACAUCAAUGGAGCCGGAGAACGAAACGAAAGCAGAGCAAACACAAGAACAAGAGCAAGUUGUGAAUCCAUGGGAAGUAUCGGCUAAAGGCAAGAUUGAUUAUGAUAAACUCAUCGACAAAUUUGGUUGUCAAAGGCUCGACCAAUUCUUUGUUGAUCGAGUUUUUCGCCUCACUGGUCGUACUCCUCAUAUCUUCCUCCGCCGUAACGUUUUCUUCGCUCACAGAGACUUCAAUGAGAUUCUGGAUGCUUAUGAACGUGGGGAGAAAUUCUAUCUCUACACUGGCAGAGGCCCUUCUUCUGAAGCUUUGCAUUUAGGGCAUCUUGUUCCUUUCAUGUUCACCAAAUAUUUGCAGGAGGCUUUCAAGGUUCCUCUUGUCAUACAAUUAACAGAUGAUGAAAAAUGCAUGUGGAAGAAUCUUACAGUGGAAGAAAGCAAGAGACUUGCUCGUGAGAAUGCAAAAGAUAUUAUUGCUUGUGGAUUUGACAUUUCAAGGACCUUCAUAUUCUCUGAUUUUGACUAUGUUGGUGGUGCCUUUUAUGAGAACAUGGUAAAGGUUGCUAAAUGUGUCACAUACAAUAAGGUUGUUGGUAUAUUUGGUUUCACUGGUGAAGAUCACAUUGGAAAGAUCAGCUUUCCACCUGUCCAGGCUGUUCCAUCAUUCCCUAGUUCAUUUCCACAUUUGUUUCCUGGACAAGAUAAACUUAGAUGCUUGAUUCCAUGUGCAAUUGAUCAGGAUCCUUAUUUCAGGAUGACACGUGAUGUUGCCCCUAGGUUAGGUUAUAACAAACCUGCAUUAAUCGAAUCUUUAUUCUUUCCAGCUCUUCAGGGUGAGACAGGGAAAAUGUCUGCAAGUGAUGCGAAUUCUGCAAUAUAUGUGACUGAUUCUAAAAAUGAAAUUAAAAACAAGGUAAACAGAUAUGCAUUUUCAGGAGGGCAGGAUUCUAUUGAGAAGCAUAGACAGUUGGGAGCAAAUCUUGAGGUGGAUAUACCUUUCAAAUACCUAAGUUUCUUCUUGGAGGAUGAUGAUGAACUUGAACAUAUUAGGAAGGAGUAUGGUUCGGGACGCAUGCUUACAGGUGAGAUUAAGAAGAGACUGAUUGAUGUUUUAACAGACAUUGUGGAAAAGCACCGUGAAGCUAGGGCAAAGGUCACUGAUGAGAUGGUUGAUGCAUUUAUGGCUGUAAGACCUCUUCCAAAUAUGUUCAACUGAAAAUUUGCGUACUUGAUAUAAUAGAAAGGACAUUUUUUAACAAUGAAUGAUAUGGAAAACAAGCUCUUUAAGAACAUGGAAUUUGAUAUAAUCUUUGAGUAUUUAUGGUUUUGUAAAACAUCUUAUUUUGUUGUAGUUUUGGUUUUCAAGCAAUGACAAGUAAAAACAAGAUGUUUACUU